AUGCGUCUUGGACCUAAUCAAUCAAGGUUACGCUGCCCCGUUGCCGAUGCACCACAUCCUGCGGGCCACGGUCCAGUCCGCUCUUCCGCUGGUGAAUCUCCGUCCGUCGACAGCAUCGUGGACUUGCUUGACUUGCUUGGCUUGCUUUUUGGGGAUUGUCGGUCAUCUGCUCAGCCUUGCGGAGGCCAAAAUGCCCCGAAGAUUUGGAAUCGGGCACCCUGCGGCUCUUAUUGGGGGCGCGCGCACGAACGAACUGGUUCGUCUCGCCUGCCGCCUUCUCCACCAGUCGUGCCCGCAGCUGGCUCGGGAUGCUUUCCCCCGACGGGCGAUCAUGCGUGGAUCGGCGGAUCACUGGUCGAGCGCCCGCCCAGCACCCUCGCUUGCCCGCGACGAGGCGCUGCGCUCGUCCAUUCACGAUCGGCCUGCGCGCCGACCCGAAGGGACGGGACAGCGCGGUGGUGUCCAUCCCCUGCCACAACACUCGACUUGCGUGCACAGUGUAGAUCCACAUCUCUGCUGCGACAAGUCACCACGUCAACUGCUCUGGAUGAUGACUCAGUUGGCAUGCGGGAUGCAAUGAUGACCGAUUUUUACCUCCUCGUCACAACGCUCGUCCAAUGGCCGGCGCAGUGA